AUGCCAGACCGCGUCGUGAGAAGACGGAACGUCAAGACCCGCAAUCGAAAUGGCUGUUCCACGUGCCGAGCUAGGCGGUUGAAAUGUGAUGAGAAGAAGCCUGAGUGCAAUAACUGCACCAAGUUGAGCAUACCAUGUGGCGGUGACUCACCACGACGGACGAGGUCGGGUCAGAGAUUGGGCGACUCAGAAUCAACUGUCAACUUGGAAGAACAGAACGAUGAUGUCGACGAUAGCUUCACCGUACCGGAAGAUGAAAGUUCUGUUCAGGAAUACCUCGAACCUCCUCCCGAGUUGGAGAGAGAUGCUAUCGAGACUCAACCUCCACUCUACCAUGUCAACCAACCUCAUAACAUACUUCAUGCUUCGGUGCCCGAGACUUCGCCUGGUUGGGGUACUGGAAUUAUCGACAGUACUGUCCUGGACACAUCCGCCAAUACACCGACGAGCGGCUAUCAUGGACCCUCACCGUAUAUGGCAUCGCCGGCGAUUACGCCUCGGCCAAUCUCCCAUACGCCCAUGGGCUAUUCUGGCCCAACCUUUUCAUCGCCUCAGUUUGUUCACCAGGAAGGCAUGCCAGAGCCACCUGGUACAGAUGGGUUCUUUGGCAUCAGGGUGGCUCCCAUGAUACCACGAGGUCUUUUCGAAAGUAUGAAGUUUCCAGAGGAUAUGCUAUACUAUCAUCACCUUCGCGAUACGGGGCCCUACGGAGUCCUGUCAGUCUUGUAUCUCAACGAUAUCCUUGAAGCAGAGUACCUGAACGGGUCUUUCUACCAUGCUGCGCUGGCACUAUCAGCGCUCAAGAUAUCAAAAUCCGACGCACAUGUUCAUCUUCGAAAUCAAGCGUCGAUACAUGCACUAGAACAUUUCGUCUUAGCCCUCGGCGAUAUUGGCAAGAUUGAAGUAGAGGAUAUCAACACACCAGGAAAUGCAAACAACCAGAGUAAACGUCAAAAUGCGGUUUCGUGGUUGAGCACAGUUUUGAUCCUAGCUCAUUUCGAACUAAAACGUGGACAGAUGAGAUUAUGGUGUGUUCACGGUCGGGCAGCUGUCGACUUUCUCUCAACACAUCUUGACCUUGUACGGGCUACAGAUAUUGGUGAAUCGCUUGUCCGUGCGUUUUCGCGAAUAGCCGCUUUGCUGGUGAUUUACGAUCGAACGCAUUCGAUACAGAAACAGGCUAUCUCACCUGAAGUCUCAAAUACUUUGAUUGAACUCCUUGCUUCAUCGAACCUGCCAUAUGAUCGCCAGCUCUACAUAGGUCCACGUGUUAAUGCCUUGGAAGACGAGUGGAGAGCGAAUCUGAGACCAGACGCAAGCUGGGAUGCGCGGGUUGACAAGUUGAGGUUAGAACUUGAAGACUGGAGACGAAAUUUACCUCCAGAAGAAGUCCCAGAUUUUGGAGAUGAUGAUGUUACUGAGGGGAAUGAUGUCGACAUCAAACCGCUCACAAUAUUAACUUCUCACGAGCCUGUCAGAGCAGCUACAAACUACGCACACUUUCUUGUCAUAAGCCUCCGGGUAGACAUGAUGUACACGAGUCCCCGGAUAUCCCCCGCAGAAUCAUCCUCCACAAUCCGCAAAAUCUGCCGGUUAACCCUAGGACUGCCUUACACACUUUGCGUCAGCGUUAAUAAUUACGGCCAUGGCAUGCUCCCUGCAAUGCUAGACGCAUAUCACAUGGCUGAUGAGGCCACGGCCAAUUGGAUCAGAAAGUGGAUUGGAUCGCGUCCUGAUACACGAGAGGGAAUAUGGGAUAUAGAACGCGUUCAAAGAUUGAUUGCGUAUUUAGAUAGAGAGUAUAAUGGACAAGGAUCGAGAGCGGGUUGGACGGUAAUUAAAACGAGGAUGGUUGACGAGGAUGAUGAGGAUGAGGAAAGAGGGAAAAGCUUUUGUGUUGAGAUUUACUCAAAAGGGAAGAGAGGUUGGAGUAUGGAUUUUGUAGAGAUUGAGUAA